AUGGAUGCAAUUUUACGGCAAUCUCAUAUCACUCCUGGGAAAAAUUACACUUAUCAAAAAAUAUCCAAGGCCGUUUCGAAGAGCAUAAGUGGCAAGUAUGUGAAAAUUAUAUGCGUUCCAUCGAAAAAUAUGACGGAACCAGGCAAACAAAUUUUGCGUAGCAUCGGAUUCUAUAUGGAUAAAAAUUUCAAGCCGACUGAUCCAACUGAUAUUGAUAGUCCUUUUGACGGAUAUUUCACCUGUGAUCGUGAACGAGUUAUUUUUUAUCAGGGCUUAAUGGAUUUUGUUGCUGACGAACGGAAAUUUCAGCAAUCAAUUAGAUCAAUAUAUUAA